AUGGCAACAACUCCUGCACCUACUUAUUUUAAACCACAUAUAUUGAAUGGUACGAAUUAUAUUGAUGGCGGUGUACAAAUGAAUAAUCCAACAGUGCCUGCAUAUAGAAAAGCUCUUCAAUACGGCUAUAACAAAGAAAAUAUAUUUGUAUUAUCAUUGGGCACAGGUGAUUAUAUAGAAGAUCCAUUGGUGGCUAACGAACACCCAAAUAUUAUAUAUUAUGUAAGGAAUUACAGUACUGUAGCUAAAGUUUUACUUGGUAGUCAACAACAUAAUGUGGAUAAUGACAUGAGCAUUUUUAUGAAUGAUGAACAUUAUUAUCGAUGGCAAGUAUGGUUUGAAGAAUCUAUUAGAUUAGAUCAAUAUGAAACACAUAUAGUGAAUAUAUUAGAAAAUAUUGGAUAUGAAUAUUGGGAAGAAAUGGAAAUUUAUGAUAAUAAUAGAUUAAACAAAUUAAUUAAACAUUUAACAUUGGAAUAA